GGAGACUUCAACUUUCCCAACAAAGGGAAAGACCUAAAGGAAUAUCAGGAGCAGAAAUUGAAAUGGUAGACAUCUACUGGAGGAAAUAAUUUUAUAGAUCUUUCCAACGAUCAAGACAGUGAGACAAACAGAGACAGAAAAAAAUAGAAGAGUGUCAUCAUAAUAUGGUAUGUUUCAAUUUUGAAGGAAUGAAACAGAAUAAGAGAAGUAAAAUGGAGUGGGAUAGAUAUUAAAUCAGUGGAAAAUAGAUACAAACAAUUUUAACAAUUGAAACAGAUUCUACUUGAAUCUUAGAACAAAUGUAUUCCAAAAGUGAGUUAAAAAGCUAAAAAACAGAAUCCUAAUAAGGUUCAAGAAACUGAUUGAAAUAAACGGGGAAAGAAAAGACUUUACAAAAUGACUAGAAUACAACAGGACACAGUUUAACAAAAAUAAAUUACAAAUACAUAAAGGGGUGAGAAAAUGGAAAUUAACAAUUAUAGACCAAUAAAUAAGACUUUUAGUGCAUGUAAGGUUAUGUAAACAGUUAUAAAAACUAAAUUACAGGAUCACCUACAGUAUAUGGAAUAUUAUCCUAGGAAAUAGCAUGGAUUCAGAAAAUUAAGGUCUUACCAAACCUACUUGUUAGGGUUUCUUUGAGCAAGCAAUAACAGUUAUAAAUAUACAUAGGGCCUGAAACUGUGGUGAGACUUUCAGAAGGAUUUUAAGAAAGAUAGGGAUAUACAAUUUAUUAUGAAAUUGUGGUAGGCAGUGGGUAUUCAGGUAAGUGGAAGUGUUUGGGUUGAGAAUUGGUUAUUACUCAAACUGGAGUAAUGUACUGUAAUUAGUGGAGUACAAAAGGGAUUUUUACUGGGGCCACAGCACUUCUCAAUUUUUAUCAGUGAUCUAGACUCCCAUGUAGUUAGUAAACUAGUCAAGUGAGCAAGUGAUACCAAAUUAAGAGAAUGAGCAAAAACUGUAGAAGCAGCAGAUUAAAUUCAAAAAGACUUAGAAAAAGAAAUCAAGGAUAAGCAAACACCUGCCAGACGAUGUUUGAUGCAGACAAGUGCAAGGUUUACAAUUAUAUGCAAGUGUUAGAACUUAAAGUAUGAACACAUACUGGGGCUUACCGGAAUGUUCUACCCUAAGAGACUGAAGGAACAGAACCUGAACAGAGAUUACGUAGAGACCUGAAGCCAAUACCCUUCCUGUUUCUUUCUGAAACAGCUGGAUCGAGUUGCUGUGAUCUUUUUCCUGGCCACACGGAAUACUUGAUAGAACUAAUUUUCUUCUGGAAACUCUUCCUGCUCAAGGCUGUUCAGUCAAAUUCCAAAUGUAUGGAGUUUGACUGUCAUUCUAAUGACAAUAUAGUUAACGUCUAGUAACAUUAGUUUUUACAUGAGCCUUGUGGCCAAUUUCUUUGAUCAAGAUUGAAACUACCAUUAACUUGGGAAUGCUCUACUCAUUGACCUGAAUAUUGGUAACUGUCACCUCACCCAAAACUGCUGUAGAAUCACGCCUCUCAGUCUGCAGAAAUAACUUGAUGCUCUCCCACAAGGAGAGCUUGCUGAAAUGUGCCCUUAUAAUUCUAGUUGCUCUUUGAAAACAGGUCAAUUAACUCCCAACCUGAGAGGUAUCGCUCUAGUGGCAUAGCAGAAUGUGGAUCAGUAAGGUUCAUUGAUAAACCAGGGCGACUUCCUGGCCACCAUUUUGUGCACUUUUAAAUAGACAUUCACUCCAAUAACUGCUCCGGUGAAAACAAAAAAAACUGCCGGUCAUUUACCUCCAAACCUCCAAACAGCUAGGUUAUUUUUUUGUGACAGUACAAUUUAAAUAUCGCAAUACAGCAGUAUGAAGGCAUGGCGAUGAGGACUACCACUCACGGUUUGAUUCCUGCCAGGGGUGGUCUUCUGUACGGAGCUUGUAUGUUGUCUCCGUGACUGUCAAUAAAAUACGGCUCACUCGCUCUACACAAACCAGGGAACGCAAACGCAAAACGGGGAAGCGGAGGUGCAUUUAACACUGAAACAGAAGGCACUUCUUUACACACUGGGCUGUGAGAGUCUGAAACACACUGCCAGACACCCGGCAGAGACCGAUACAGUACCUUGGCUUCUUUCAAGGAAGGAUCGUGGUAAAUGCAUGAGUUGCUAAUGAGCUAAGCAGGCUAGACAGACCAAGAGGACCCCUCUCGUUUGCAUUUUGUUUAGUUUAGGAUCACGAAAAUAACAAAAGCUGGUGAAAUACCUGAGCUACGAACCAAUCCAAGUGAAGCACGACACACACACACCCCGUCAUUCUCCGAGCAACAAAAGGCUUGGUGCGACAUAUACAGCAACAAGAAAAGCGCUCGGAAAAGCAAAUGCUCUGAAUUAUGAUUUUCACGUGGAUCCAGAUAAAUAUUCGCAAUAAUCGUAAAUUGAAAUAUAUUGCGAUACCGUAGUGUCAUUGGCCCUGGGCCCAUUCUUUAUCUCCCCCCACCCCUCAGACGUUGCUUGUAAAGUGGGGAGAUCCGCGAUCAAGCCAAUGGCCGGAGUGCGGAGCCGCCGCCGCCGCCAGGCGGGGAGGAGCGAAGGUCCUCACGCCGCGGAUCCUCUCUGUUUCAGUGUCCGUCCGGGGCUCUGCCCAGCCCGACCUCCUUUAGAAACGAGCCUGAAAUCCUUUAUAGCGAUAGUCUGCUGAAUACCAUGUUGUCCGAGUCGGAAGGAGCCCCCGCGCUGCUCACGCCCGUGACCGUGGGCUCCUUGCUGGCCUGCGGCUCGCAGCUCGCAGCCGGGUACGGGCUGGCCCGGCUGAUCGGCGGGCGGUGCUGCCGGGCGGACAGAUGGGUCUUAAUCUGGCUCUUCUAUGAUGCCAUCGUACAUUUCACCUUGGAAGGGCCGUUUGUGUACAUGUCACUGGUUGGAACAGUGGCCACCUCUGACAAUGUCUUUGCCGAGUUGUGGAAGGAAUAUGGAAAAGCAGAUGAGAGGUGGCUCCAUUCGGAUCCCACAAUCGUGUCCCUGGAGUUGCUCACUGUGGUGUUAGAUGGCUUCCUAGCAGUGGUUCUCAUUUAUGCCAUAGUCAAGGAUAAACACUACAGGCACUUCAUCCAGAUCACCUUGUGUGUCUGUGAGCUGUACGGAGGCUGGAUGACCUUCUGUCCUGACUGGCUGGUUGGCAGCCCCAAUCUAAAUACCAGCAACUGGCUUUUCCUCUGGGUGUACCUGGUCUUCUUUAAUGGGAUCUGGGUGGUUGUGCCAGGACUCCUGUUGUGGCAGUCAUGGAUGGCACUUCAAAGAACUCACACGCAGCUGGCGGAGAAGAAGGUGAAAUAGACUUGUGUCUUUAUAGUUCAACAGUCAGAGGGAGCAAACACUGUACUUAAGUCUGAAACCAUGCUGUGGCUUAGCUGAAGACCCGGCCCAAUGAUGGAGAUGUCAUUAGUUCAGCAUCUUAAAGCAGCUCUCACUUCCUGUAUCUGGGUGGAUGACAUGAGCAUACGCGUUGUUGGAUCAUAUGCACUUGACUUCAGAAAGCUCGACUGCAGAGCAUUUGAAAUCUCUUUGUCAUUUCAAUACUUUAAGCACUUCUAAAGCUUCCCAUAAUCUUCUUCAGCAGUACUUAAUUUUCUUUCAGUAAAGGAAGAAAAUAAUACAGAAAGAAGAUGCUACAACACUACAGUAUCGGUACUGUUCAUGAGAACAGCAAAGAAACAUCAAUAAAAUAUCCAAAAUACAUGUGUUACAUUUCUGAGAGAAUAUUCGUGAUGCAUUCCUGUGAACCUUUAAACAAAUAAAGAUGAAAGAAAUCUUCAGAACUCUCAAAAUCAUACAGAGUAAUUAUGAACAAAUGUUUUUCCAGAAAGUGUUUCAUCCUGACUAAGAAUCACUACAGGGUACCUCAGCACUGUUAAAAUUCGGUUUCAGGCAGAGUAGGAAGUCUCUGUGACUUUAAAUGUACAGACAAUGGUAUUUCUCACUACUGAAAUAAAUGCAAAUGGUAAUA